CCAUUUCCAAGCUCACGAUUAUUACUACCAUUCUCUGCAAUUCACAGAGCGCUUAGGAGCUAGAGUGGUGAGUUUGGAACUGUUCACGAAAAUGGCCUCCACUCAAUGCUUCUUGCACCACCACGCCCUCAGUACCGCUACUUCUUCUCCUACUCGUUCUUCUUCUCCUCAGCGUCUAGUGCUACACAACAAGCCAAACCAGAUUGUUUGCAAGGCCCAGAAGCAAGACGAUGACGGCAGCCUCGUCUCUCGCCGACUUGCUCUUACUGUGCUCAUUGGGGUCGGUGCUGCUGCCUCGAAGGUCUCUCCUGCUGAUGCUGCCUAUGGGGAAGCUGCCAAUGUGUUUGGAAAGCCAAAGACAGACACUGACUUCAUUGCCUACAACGGAAAUGGAUUCAAACUCUCAAUCCCCUCCAAGUGGAACCCCAGCAGGGAGGUUGAAUACCCAGGUCAGGUUCUAAGAUAUGAGGAUAACUUCGAUGCCAACAGCUACGUCACAGUCACAGUCACUGAUACUGAUAAGAAAUCCAUUACUGACUAUGGUUCACCUGAGGAGUUCCUCUCUAAGGUGGAUUAUUUGCUAGGAAAACAAGCCUACUUUGGCAAAACUGAUUCCGAGGGUGGGUUCGAAGCAGAUGCCGUGGCGACAGCAAAUAUCUUAGAGAGCUCAUCGCCCGUGAUUGGUGGGAACCAGUACUACUCUGUGACAGUGCUGACAAGAACUGCUGAUGGAGAUGAAGGCGGGAAGCACCAAUUGAUCACAGCAACAGUGAAGGAUGGUAAGCUUUACAUAUGCAAGGCUCAAGCAGGAGACAAGAGGUGGUUUAAGGGGGCAAGGAGAUUUGUGGAGAGCGCAGCAAGCUCUUUCAGUGUUGCUUAACAAUUUUUAAUACGUCAAAGGACAAUCUGUAUGUAAAUCAUCAACAUGUGCAUCUUAAUUCCUAAUUCAUGUUUUGAGUUU